CCCGACCUGCAGGUGAACAAUUCAGCCGUUUCCCCCGCGUCCUUCCACACCCUCCGGGCGGAUCGUUUGCGGAUAGAGCGAAGUUGCCUGUAUAGGUUUAAGGAUUCACAUACGUUCAGCGCGUGCGGAUGUUUGAAGUCGGACGAGCGGAUGAUUUGGAUGGCCAGCGUUGCGGGCGCAAAAGUUCACUAUCAGACGCUUGUAAAUCAGACAUGUGUACACCCAGUGAGACAGUAACCUGAGACCCCAUCCUGAAGGAACACCAGGAUGCGUCCCAUUUCCUCGCAGCCUUUAGGCAAGACCACUGUCGGAGGCAGCCGAUGGAACCCUGCUGCUGCAGCCUUGCUGCUCUCCCUGUGUCUUGGCUUCCCUCCUUCUUUGGCCACUUGCCCACCCUGCUGCCUUUGUGCCAGUGAUAUCAUUUCCUGCAGUGGGUGCAAUCUGUCCAUGCUGCCCUCUGAUCUCCCAGGCUAUGCCACACGGUUGGACCUGAGCCACAAUACCCUCACUGUCCUGCCCGUGGACUGGAUUUCCCGGCCGUUUGACCGGCUUGCUACGUUGGUUCUCAGCCGCAACUCCAUCAGCCGGAUCGAGGUGGACGCCUUCACUGUGACACCGCACCUCCUCCACCUGGACCUCUCUUCCAACCGACUAACGGCACUGAACUUGUCCGUCUUCGCCGGGUUGGAGGAACUGAAAGAGCUACUGCUGUUUGGCAACCAGAUCGUCCAGAUUAACCCAGGGGCCUUCAGUGAUCUCUACAGCCUGCAGAGGCUCUACUUCUCCGGGAACAGACUGACGGCUUUCCCCCUGGGGCUUUAUUGGGAACCUGGAGGGCCUCGUAAUCUAACCUUUCUCGAUCUGUCAUACAACAGGCUCUCCGAAGUGCCCGUCCAGAGCCUGCUGUCACUCACCCGGCAUUGUGCAAUUUAUUUGCAGAAAAACCCUUUGGUCUGUGACUGCGCUUUACUCGCCUUGCUGGAGUACUGGAUGUGGAAACAGUAUCGCCCACUGGUGGAUUUCAGAGGUGAAUACCCAUGUAGAGACGGUUCAGGACCGGAAUAUGAAUGUAGCCAGGAUGUAGUGUCAGAUAUGUCCCUUGAGGCACAGACUUACCAAGUGGAGCCUGGUAAAUGGCUAAGAGUGCCAUGUCCAGGGUUGGCCACUCAAGGCCAGGAGGCGCUGGCAUUGUUCUGGGUUACCCCAAGGACUGUGGUGAAUUCAUCAACCGAUGAUCCGAUGGCCCACCUAAUACUUUUCCCCAAUGGCACCCUUGAAAUCCGGGGAGCCCUGAUGGAGGAUUCUGGCAUGUAUUGGUGCGUGGCAGCCCGCGGGCGCCACUACGACCCCAACGAGUCUCUGGAGGUCAAUGUGGUGGUCGGAAACCUAAGCACAUCCUCCACUGGUGGCUUGGCACGCGGCAGCGGUGCCGAGCAUUUCAACACAGCAUUCACCACCCUGGCCUCCUGUGUGGUCAGCAUCAUUCUGGUGCUGCUGUAUCUCUACCUCACCCCCUGCCGAUGCCGGGAAAACCGGGGUGGAAGAUCGAGAGGGUGCGGCAGGCGAGCCUUCAUCCUCUGCUCAGACCCCAGAGAGGUAGAGUCAGGACAGCGGCGGUCAAACGGAAAGAGGGUGGCUUUCUUAGAGCCUCAGGUAGAGGACUCUGAUAUUGGUGGUCCAAAAACACCAGCAAUGAAUUUGGGUCACGUUACCACCGAGGGAAUUCUCAAAAAUGGAAGUAGGACAGUGGGACAGACCCUCACGGACACAGCUCACAUCGCAGAAGCAAGAAAAUAACCUUUUGCACAUUCCUGUAUUCUUACAGUGUUUUGUUUUCACUGUCUUGUUUCAGGACACGAUGAGAAAAUCCAUUUGAUGUGAAGUAGUGCACUGUGAUUCUCGUGGAGUAGUUAUGCACUGUAGGGGUUUGGGUGUUUGGUCUGAAGCAGAAAAUGCAGUCCUUUCGUAGGCAGAAUUACAAUUAUGUCUCUAUUGUAAGUGGUUUCUGUUUUUUUUACAUUAAGAGCUGAUACAAUCUGACUGUUGCCGCGGGGAAUUGUGAUUGCAAAGUUCAUAUAAAGGUUGGUGGUGUUUUUAAUUGGGCAGAGUGACAUAUUCCCUCCUGAUUUGAUAAACUGCUAGAGGCAUUAUACGGUAUAUGCCUUGUGAAUACUGCAAUCACAGUGACCCCGUGUUAUUUUUAACCACCUGUCUCGUACUACGGAUGAUUUUAAAACAUGUCGGUAAUAUGUGUGAAAUUACCUGAACUUUGAUUAUAUGAAUCAAAUAUGACCCUGUGGAGGUUCCUUUAUCAAAAGCAAAGAAACACUACAAAGUGAGACAGUGUACUGUAGACUAUUGUGUUGCUACAAAAUGUUAACUUUGUGUUUAGUCGGACAAAAAAAUGCAUUUGAUGAAUUUAAAUGUGCUGGAAUAUGUGGUUUCUCCUAAAGGGGUCAUUCACUCAAAUUGCAAAUAUAAUCUAUUUCCCCUUUACCAUAAAGUAUCUGCAGAUUUCUGUCUCCACCCCAUUACAAUGGAGGGGAAUGGAAUUUUGUUGGUGUUCUUCAUAGUACUGAAUAUUACAUUUAAAGCUUUUUAUGAUGGGUCAAAUUACUUUGUAUAGGAAAGGAACAGUUAUUGAACAUUACAGGCAACUGUUUGCUAAAACGUUCAGCAUUUGAACUUUAUCAGGUGAUUCUCAAUCCCGAUCCGUCAAAUACUGACACUUGGCUGUCGGCCAUAUGCUUCAAACUCGGACCCCUAUAGUUUCAGUUUGAAACGUGUCAGUCGGUCUCUUUUCAAAAUAAAACUUCCAACAUAGGUUUACUUAGUUUUUAGGUUUACUUAUGCAACAAAAGU